UGUACACGCGGCGGUUGGUCGUACGUUUAUGUAUUGAGCCUGUAUUUUUAUCCCGUCAUCAGUUUACUCCGGGUAUUAUAUGACCUCUUGUAUAUUCAGUCAUAUAUACAAUAUCUAUGUAUUUCGCUCUGGUCACCCAUAACGCAAUCUGCACCAUUUUCCCUAUCCCCACCAAAAGUUGGCCAGCAUCCCGGUGUAUAGAAUUCCCAACUCUACAUAAAUGCGUAAUUGCCGCACAAAGUAUGUUGGUUCAAUAAAGAGCCAUUUUGUGUCUCCAUCUUGAGUAAAUUUCUCUCCAUUGCAUGUCAACCACUUGAAAAUUGUGCGAAUGCUGCACUGCUGCCGCUUUCAGCUGGCUGUGGAGAAAAAACCCACCACUGCCACUCGGACCAUGUGCGCUGCCUGUUACUUACCGAGCUUUGUUGGAUUAAAUUAAAAAGUCAACCCACAAUAAGCAGAUAUACAUAGGAAAAGACCGCGCCCGAAUGUCUGCAUGGGAUUGUAUAGUGGAGUGUGCAUUUGUGUUUGGUGGGCAUGUCGUUAACCUGUUAUUUCGCGGCGAUGUUCCUCCUGGGUGGCCGGCUAAUCCCUUCUGGGCCCUUGUCGUCCGCCUGAACACUUGGUCAUAUAUCGGUCCGAAUUGUAUUCUCCGGCAUCCGUUUAUAACGUUGACGAUUUGACGAUAUGUAUUAUUAAAUUUAUCCGGGAGGACCUUUUUCCCUCUUCGCGUCACUUUCGAUUUACAUGAUUCUCCAAACUACGUGUGCGGCGAAAUAUAUUUCCACUGGAUUUACACUUCGUGACACGGCAUAUAUAUGUAUGCGGUGUCGUUUCAGUGGUCACACAUCCAAUCCGAUCCGGCAAUGUUGCUCGCGCAUGUGUCAUUAGGGUGGUGGUUUUUUUCUACGCGGGAAUAAUCGCUGUCGAUUAAUCCGCUUAUUCUGAAUCCCGCGUUUUCCGUAUAGAGAGAGCGGUUGCCUUUCAUGACAAAGCUGUGAUAAAGCGUACUGUGUGUGUGCGGGGAGAUAAUUAUUGGUAUAUAGAAGAUAAAAAUGGCCACAACCAAAAGCAAUACCGGAAGUGCGGCUGGCCGAGCGCCGCGGAAGACCGGGAAAGACGCUGCCGAACCCAUUGAUCUUAAAACUCUUGAUUUGAACUUAAGGGGUGAUAACGAAACUGAGCCUGAGCCACCGCGAAAAAGUAGUUUAGAAGUGCAGAUUGAUGAUUCCAUGUACGAGACCUUGGAUUCCACGCGCCGGAUGGUGCAGAUGCUGGAAGAGAGUAAAGAUGCCGGCAUCCGAACUCUGGUUAUGUUGGACGAACAAGGAGAACAACUGGACAGAAUAGAAGAGGGCAUGGACCAAAUUAACCAGGACAUGAAAGAAGCUGAAAAAAAUCUAACCGGCUUGGACAAAUGUUGUGGAUUAUGUGUUUGCCCAUGGAAUAAGGGGAAGAAUUUUGAAAAAGGAGCCGACUACGAUAAAACAUGGAAAGGAAAUGAUGAUGGAAAAAGUGCCGGUGGACCCAGGGUGACUGUGCCAGACGGAGGUGGUCCCUUGAUGAGCGGUCACAUGUUGACACGUAUUACAAACGAUGCCAGGGAGGAUGAAAUGGAAGAGAAUCUCGGCCAGGUGUCAACGAUGAUCAGCAAUCUGCGUAAUAUGGCCGUGGAUAUGAGCGGUGAAAUUGAGACCCAAAACCGGCAGCUGGACCGAAUAAACUUGAAAACCGAAUCCAACCAGACGCGCAUCACCGAAGCCAACAAACGAGCCGACAAACUGCUUAAGAAAGCUUAGAAAGACAAAUUUCAUCCAACGAUGUAUCGCUCCACCAACCAUGCUAAUUACCAACUCUUACUGGCAUACCGACCCGGGGAUGACCUUUCGAUCUUCAGUGUUCUUACGUUUGCUAAUUUUCGCAUAUGUGCGUUGUAUGUAAUUUUCCAUUGAAGAGAUAUAUGAAGCCGCUGCAUGCAUAUAUACUCUAUGUAUUUUGCCAGGUGAUCUCCGUAGUUUUAAUUCAGUUUCGACAUAACCGUAUGCACGUACGAUUGUCGUUUUCGGUCAGAGUAUUUCGCUGCUCGUUAAUCUGGUGGUAGACCGGAUUAACGACCACUGGCUAUAAUUCUGAUUGGUUUUUACCUGUGUUUGCGCUAGAUCAGGUGUUGUCCAUGUUGCUGUUAAAUUAAAUAAAUCAAUACGUAAUUAAA